AUGUCGUCAUCUACAGUCACUCCUAGAAAGCGCCUGAUAAACAACAGCAACAACAACAAUGCAGACAUCUUUUUUGAAGACGAACAAGAAAUGAUUAGUGCAGUAACAUCCACAUUACAAAUUCCAGAAGAACAAACCAAUGUAUCGAAAAUGUAUGCCAAUGGUAAAAACAAUGCUACUGAAGUACAAGCUUAUGCCAAAAUUGCUGGUAGAGAUUGGACUUAUUAUGUCAAAUCAUUGGCUGUAUCUAUAGGAAGAAACACCGAGACUUCAAAUGGAUCAAACACAUUUAAUGGUCCUCUAAUUGAUAUUGAUUUGGGUCCAGCCAAAAUUGUUAGUAGACAGCAUGCUACAAUUACUUAUAAUUUAGAUUUAAGAUGUUGGGAAUUGAAAGUUUUGGGUAGAAAUGGAGCUAGAAUUGAUGGACAAAAGAUAAAUGUUGGAUCUCUGGAUGUUAAUGCUUUGCAUUCAGGAGCUAUAUUGGAUGUUGGUGGAACACAAAUGAUGUUUAUAUUACCUGAUGCUCCACCAGUAGUAGCACCAAAAAUGUUGGAAAAAGCACUUGCUAAAUACAAUGACAUAAACAGAGGCAAUGGUGGUAAACGUCAACGUGCAUUUAGCGGAGCUUUUAACAAUGGAGGUCACAGAAGCUAUCAUGUUUAUGAAAACAUUCUGUUGAACCAUUCACCAAGUUCAGUAUCAGCAACUUCAUUACAACAUAAUUUAGAUGAAGACCUAUCAAAAGAAGAAUCCAAAGACAUUAAACCACCAUAUAGUUACGCCACAAUGAUUACUCAAGCCAUCUUAUCUGAUCCUCACGGAGUCAUGUCACUUUCAGAUAUUUACAAUUGGAUUUCUGACCAUUAUGCAUAUUACAAAUUCUCCAAAACCGGUUGGCAAAAUUCAAUCAGGCAUAAUUUAUCCUUAAAUAAAGCGUUUGAGAAAGUUCCUCGGAAACCCAAUGAGCCUGGUAAGGGGAUGAAAUGGCAAAUUAGUGAAUCUUAUAAACAAGAUUUCCUUAGUAAGUUGAACGAUGGAACGCUUUCUGGAUCAAGAAAAGGUUCUUCUGUAUCACGACAAUUGAGUUUACAUUUAGCUACUCAUAAGCAUUUACCUGAUCCCAAUAACCCCUGUUUUGAUUCAGCAACUAAUCAACUCCAACAACAACAACCUCUUGAACGAAAAUUUUCUGAUUCACAAGGUCAAGGUCAACAACAAGGAUCGGAUUCGAAAAAUUUUCAAUUCAAUAUCAAUAUUCCCCCAAAUCCAUUACAGUAUCCAGGACAACAAAAUGCAUAUAUUUCAAACUCAAGUCGUCCUUAUGCAUUUCCACCACCUUCAGCCCACCCUCAACAACAACCACAACAACACAACCUGUCACAACCACAGCCGAUUAUGUACUCGCAACAACAACAACUGCAAAUUCCCAAUUAUCCUAUGGUAGGAAGUUACGGAAACAACUUAGCCUCACCAUUAAGACAACCACAGCAAUUGAACCAGCCACAAGCGCCUCGUGAUGGCGCGAAGUUACCCAAAACAGCACCACAACCGCCAAAUCAAAACAUUUAUAAUCUCCCCUUACAAAACAACAACAGCAACAACAAUUCCACCACCACAGCCAUUGAUGGCAAACCAAACUUGCACUCUCGGGCAUCUUCAUAUACGACUGCGAAUCAAUUACCCGAUUUAUCACAAAUGCAUUCUUUUGCAUCAACAAAUCAAAAUGAUUCAUUAUCGUCAAUUGUUCCACCUUCUGGAAAUACAACUUCUGAUAUGUUGUCAUUUACUAGUCCUAAAAAGAUUUCUGCCUUAGAAGCUUACACACCUGAACGUGGAUCAAGCAAGAAUGCGGUAGGGAAUAAAGCUCUCAAACAAAAUCAACAAAAUCAACAUCUUCAACAACAACAGUCACAACUGCAACAGCUGCAGCUGCAACAGUCCCAGCAACAACUGCAACAAGCGCAAGGUCAACCCCCCAACCAAACAAGUCCAGCAUUUUGGAACUUUGUCCAAUUCAGUACACCCAAUGGCCAAACUCCAAUUAGAAAAGAUAGCAAUGAAAGUGACGAACAAAAUAAUGGAAGUCCCACCAUGAAUCGAAAAAAUCACAAGGGUAGUAGUGGUGGUGGUGAUGUCAAAGAUGACGAUUCUCCAUUCAAAAAGGACCGUGAUCAACAAGCAGGGAUGGUUGAUUCGUAA